AUGAAACGGGUACUUUUUUCCCUAUUUUGCAGCACAGCCGUCUUUUGGGCGAGAUCAUUUUCUCUUUACCGUUUAAGAGUUAGGGACAAUACUGAAGAGAAAAAUGGUCCUGUCAAAACCGAAUGGUGGUUUGUCUUGAGCUUUUACGAAAGCAUUGAAGAGAAUAUCAGCUGCGAUAGUAAAAUUCUCAAUAUAAAAAUGAAAGGAUCCAUCGACAAGGAACUCUUAAAGCGGGGAAUAGAUGAUGCCAUUUUCAUGACAGCUGCUGCUGACACCCGACAACUUGCUUUAGCUGCUGCACUAGAACGGGCGAGGAAUGACCUUCUACUAGAGGAAAAGAAGGUCAUAAUAGAAGCUGUUGAGAAUGAAGAAAAUGAAUCCUACCGGAGGUCCCGAAUUCGGACCCUUGGUUUCAUUGGGCCGCAAGAAUUCUCCCCCGACGAAACUGCGGCUUUUGACAAAAUACCCAAGACAAUAAGAUAUGCCGAGUUCUUAAUCAAAAAGAAACAUUAACACAUUCAAGAUGUUUCUUGCUCUACGGAUUAAUUUAAAGGAAUUGCUGUUGGUUCUGUGUUUGUACUCGAGGAACGAGUAUCGGUUCUAGAAGGAAAUACACCAUGUUUGUAUACAAAAUUCCCACCGCAAUAAGGCAUGAGCCGACCGGAAACGAGUGCAUAUGCAAAGACUUGCAUUGCAUGCGACUGUUUCUGACCCAGUAGGAACGAAAAGUUCUACGUCAUUUGGUUUACUCCAGAUUUACCAGUCAGAUAUUUCUCUCUCUAUAAGUUGUGCCCGAAGACCGACCGGGGCACUUCUCCCAUUUGACGACAGCAUUACUCCAUCUGGUAU